AUGCUGCCCACCUCAGCCAUUCCCAAGCCAGGGUCAGUCGACGGUCCCAACAUCGCCUGUGUUCUUCUUCUCGAGCACUUCUGCCAUCAUGUCAACUAUUCGUCAUGGCGUCGGACGAUGAUUCAAGCUGCGCAAAAGGAGUACCAGGAGCAGGACGUUCGUCGACAUGGUCCCGACGAGGGUGUCGAAACGGUGAAAGAAAGCUCCGGAGAAGAACAACACAAGCUGCACAUCAAUAGCCACCUUGUCAGUAGAACAUACGCCUCUUUACUCAUCUACAUUGUUCGUUUGUACUGCCAAAUCGACCCUCCAGCCCCCACCUGGAACCAUUUCCUCUGCUCGCUCCGAGCCUACCUGCUAUCGGAUGCAUGCUAUCACAUUCGGCAGCACUUCUCUUUUACCUCCCCUCCGCACUCUCAGCUCGGUGGCUCAAACACAGAAAGCCAUGCUAGCAGGCAUCUCGCACGCAUAGAAUUGCUCGCCGACGCCCUAGUCAGCAAUCUUGUCAGCUAUGAGCUCGAGGCAAUGAUGGGUAGGAUUCAAACCACUUCCGACCUGGCACGCAUCUUUGCCAACAUCGUCGAUGGGGAUUCCAAGGCGCACUCGCCUUCCUCGCUUUCCUCGCCUUCUUCUUCCGAACAGCAAACCACCGGGUGGCUGACAAACAGCAUGAAUAAUAGCGACUUGACAGUCUCGCAGGGUGCAUUGCAUCGUCGCAGCUUCCUCGGUGUUCAAGUGAGGCGCAUCCGCUUGCGCUGGAUCAGGCUCGACUUUACCGAGCAGGCGACCGUCCUUCAGAAUUUCGUCGCCUGGCGUCAAGCACCGUCGACAUCGAAUACCAUUUGCAACAGCAGUACCAUGGCUGCAGCAUAUCUGUCAGAGAAGCUCAAGGAGAUGGAUGCCCGAGGCCAGUACGGUAGAGGCGAAAUCGUCCUCGAAGAUAGGGUGGAUGCGUACGACAAUUAUGUCCGAUCACUAUGGCGAGGCGACUGGUCGGCAGCAAGGCACAAUCUCAGUCGCUACUUUGAUCACGCACCGCAGCAUGCUGAACAUGAGCUGCACCAUCACGCCUUGAUCAACCUCGCUGCCUUUCACAUGCAAUCGAAUAAUCUUCAAGCAGCCGAAAGCAGCGUGGAAGAAGCAAUACGGCUCGGGCGCCACGUCCAUGACACAUAUGCGAUUGACCUCUGCGCAGCCCUGCUCGAUCGAUUGCAAGCACUCAAGCCGAUCGACGAACCGCCCAUUCUCGACCCCAAGCUGAUCGUCGAUGCCGGCAGCGGAAAAUUUGAGCCACAACGGCAGAUCUUGCCAUUCAGUCUUGAGACGCUCUGGCAUGCUCGACACAGCGUUGAGACCGGACGUUCGAGCCUGCCCGAAGCCCUGAACAGUAUGCACGAGCUGACGUGGGACUUUGACCCGGACUUCCCGGCCUCGUUCCUGGGUGGCACACUCGGCUUCGGCGGAAAUAAAACGCCGAUGGCGAAGACGCUGCGCAAGCAAAAGCAGAAGAAGCGGCUCAAGGAGCUGCAAGCGAAUGCGGCGCAGCAAGGCCCCAUGGGAGGUAUGACGGCCGCCACCGCGCUUGCCGCUGCCGCAAGGGAGGCGCAACUGCGGAAACUGGGGCGGAAAGAGCCGCGCGCCAGUUCUGGCAAAGAAGCAGUUCGUUACGAUGCGCUGCGUGGGGCUGUCUGGUGCGACAUGGGAUUCGGGCAAGUGGCCGAGGUGCUUUGGGAUGAGGCCCUGCAUCAAAUCGGCUCGAGUGGCUUUUCACAUCACACAUGUGCCAACGAAGUUAGGCUGGAGGCUCUCGGUGGAAAAGCCUUUCGCCUUGCCGAAGCCGGACAUUACGAUGAUGCACUUGCACUACUGCUCGACUGGGACUUUCUGUGCGGCCUAUCGCUGCUUGAGUACCAAGACUGGCAGAAACGCAUCUGGAGGGUGCUGUGGCUCCGAGCUAGGAGGCAAGGCAAGGUCGCGACAAUGAAGAGGCUCAAGGAGUCGAGGUACGAAGUGGAAUUGGAGGUCGAUGGAUUAAAUCCGGCGGACGACCGAGCGGCACUAGAUCCACUCUUAGGCACUAAACUCGAUGGCGCUAGUCCCGAAGCGCCUGCUCUCAAUCCUGAAAGCGACAAUGCAACACUCUCUCGAGGUGCCAACGAGGCAGACGCUGUCGUGCGGAUGCAUGAGAGCGCGAAGGAACGGACUCUGCGAGUCCUAAGGCAAGGAAAACAUGCAUCUGAUCUCGGAGACGUCUCGCUGGCUCUGAUGCCAUUGAUGGAAUCCAUCAGUCUCGCCAAUCGCUUCAAAUUCGCGCCUUUGCAGCGCGCAGCGACAGUUCAUGUCGCAGAGCUGAUGGCCGUGCAGCUAAACCUGCCCAAACGCGCACAGCAUACACUUUCGGAGGUAUUCGAUGAAUGCCUCGUAGAGGACAACUUUGAACGGAGAGCAGAUGCACAAAAGGUCAAAGCUGUGGUUUUGCUGGCAAACUCUUCGCACGAACCUGGCGAAUGCAAGGAGGCGAUCGGAUGGCUCGAACGGGCUUGCGCAGACUACGAGCGUGUUGGUGCAAAUGCUUCGCGCCUAUCGUGCGUGGGCCUGAUAGUCUACCUCUACCACCAUCUGCAAGAUCAGGACGAACGACAACGGUGGUUGACCACGUACAUGGCUCUGGAAGCACAGCUGGCUCAAGCGCAGAACAGUUUGGAAGUUGACCCACUCGUCCUUAGAGUGGAAGGGAUUGUCAAGCAGCUAGGGCACCGCUUUAGUCUAAUUGAAUGA